AUGCGGUGGCAGGUUGGUGCUUUCUUCAUUCUGCUAGUUACCUUCGGAGAUCCUGCGAAGGGCCAUGCUAUUAAAGGAAUAGAGUCCGACGAGAGUUGGGAUAUACCCAACUCAAACGCAAACACAUCUCCAAACGCUAGCUGUACCGGCGAGUGCGUGCCGUACUAUCUUUGCAAAGACAACAAGAUCAUCAAGAACGGUGGAGGUGUGAUAGAUGUUAGAGUUAAUGCUGAACCUGAAUGCCCUCACUAUUUGGAAACAUGCUGUAAUGCACGCUCCGUACUAGAUAGUCCUCCACCGGGCGUAAUCAAACCAUCGGGACGCACCGAGCAGGUCCGUCCGACCUGUGGUGUGCGCAAUAAAAAUGGGCUCGGUUUUAGCGUGACCGGUGUCAAGGACGGUGAAUCACAUUAUGGUGAGUUCCCUUGGAUGGUGGCCGUAAUGCUAUCAAGUCCAAUGGACAAUAGCGAGAGUAUCUUGAAUGUAUACCAGUGCGGUGGUUCAGUGAUCGCUCCGAACGUUGUCCUGACGGCGGCACACUGUGUGUUUAACAAGCCGACAAAGCAGCUGCUGCUUCGGGCCGGCGAAUGGGACACACAAACAGAACAUGAGCUAUACAUGCACCAGAACCGUCGAGUGGCUGAGGUCAUCUUACAUGAGGCGUUUGACAACGAAUCAUUGGCGAACGAUGUGGCACUGCUAACCCUCGCCGAGCCGUUCCAGCUGGGAGAAAACGUGCAGCCGAUCUGUCUGCCGCCGAGUGGAACAUCGUUCGACUAUCAGCACUGUUUCGCUUCCGGCUGGGGUAAGGAUCAGUUUGGCAAGGAGGGCAAGUACCAGGUGAUACUGAAGAAGGUCGAGCUGCCGGUCGUACCGCACGCUAAAUGUCAAGAGACAAUGCGAUCUCAACGGGUUGGCAAUUGGUUUGUGCUGGACCAGAGCUUCCUGUGUGCCGGUGGCGUGGCCGGGCAGGAUAUGUGCCGUGGUGAUGGAGGCUCUCCGCUGGUGUGCCCGAUUCCGGGAUCGCCCACCCACUACUAUCAGGCGGGCAUCGUGGCGUGGGGACUCGGGUGCGGCGAGGAUGGGAUCCCCGGCGUGUACGGUAAUGUGGCGUUCCUCCGCGAUUGGAUCGAUCAGCAGUUGGUUGAGAAUAGUAUUCUAGCACGGGAUUACUACACAUUCCAAGCUCAAUAAAAAUUUAAGCCUCUUGAACCAGAAGAAGCCAUCCGACAUAUUUGUUUUCUUGUUUAAUCGAAAUGGUUGUAUAUGUUUCACUCCUGGUCCUUUCAACGAACAACAAAAGAAUAUACUCAUCAAUGUCUGAAGAUAUUAAGCCUACGCUUGCUAAAAGGAUAAUUAAUAAAUCCUCAAAGUCAGCUGAUAGUGUAGUACAUGCAGCUUUCCAGAA